AUGGCAACUUUCAACAAAUUAAAAAACGUGCUAAUGCUGGCAUUUGACUGGAUUCUGUACAGUGCUGGUUCUGCAGAUAUCUGCCAAGUCACUGUAACACAACCCAGAUUUCAGGAAGCUGACUACUCCGUGAACACUGUCUCCCUAACGUGUGCUUUCUCUGCCUCUGGAUGCCCCCCGUCCCCCCCUCAAGUUCUAUGGUUUCGCUUUUUAACUAAUGAACAUGAGGAUUUGUGUACUCUCAAAUGCAAAGACGAACAGAAGUACAAACUCAGUUUCUCAGAAAAUAACAUUUCACUUCAGAUCAAUGAUCUGACUGUAGGUGACAAUGCUGUUUAUAUCUGUGGAAUAGCAUAUUCAGAUUCAAGUUCACCCCGUUCUAAACAAACAGGAAAUGGAACAGUACUAACAAAAACAGGUCAAAAUGGAAAACUCAUCUUCAUCAUCAUGAUCAUCACCUCAUCCUUACUGUUUCUAUACAGCACUGCUGUAUUCACAUUCUUUGUAGGCUACAAGUUAAAACCAAAGCUGCUGAAGAAAAGUGGGAAUGAAUACCAAGGAACAGAGAACUGUAAAAUCAGCAGUGGAAGAAAAAUUUUUCAAGCAAUUGCCGAAGAACUCCAGAAGCAGAGAUAUGCUGAACACUGCCAACAGCCUGAUGACCUGGAAGAUGACACUGUUUAUCAGAACAGAUGA